AUGGGUGCCUCUUCAGGUCCUUCGCCUGAAUCAGUUCCCUCCUCGGCUCGGCUCGACCAUGCGCUCAAUUCACCCAAUCCAAACCAUGGAGUGACCCAAACCACUGAAUCAAUCUCGCGCUCGGAAGAAGAUGCCCCAUCGCCGCCGGACUUGUAUCCGUUCUUGUCCAAGUUCCUAUACCGCACUGAAGUCACCCAGUCGGACUUGUGGUUGAAGGACUUGGAGCUCUUGCACCAUUGGAUCAUAGAAGCCCACUAUACUUUAUCUCCGCGAGAUGACAUAAAGCAUGCGUGGAAAAUCGUGGCUCCGAAGGAAGCCAUCAAACACGCCUACCUAAUGCAUGAGAUGUUAGCCUACGCUGCAUUCCACAAGGCGCACCAACAACCCCGAGGCGAACGUCAAGAGUACUUUGAAUUUGGUAUCCAUCACCAGGACAAUGCUAUUCGAGGCAUCCGGGGAGAACUGCAACACAUUACACCUGACGAGGCCCCGUCCAUUGUGGCUGUCUCCAUGCUACUGACGUUGACCGUCUUUGCCUCAAUAGGCUUAGAGGCUGAGGUCAACCCCAGUCAAAUCUCACACACUGCCAUCGAAGGUGUCCUCAACUGUUUCAACCUUAUACAAGGCAUGGGAAACGUCCUUGCGUUAACAUAUGCGACAGUGAUAGACUCAUUCGUUGCACCGAUGAUGAGAGGCGCUUCGCAGCCUAACCCUUCGCAACCUAUGCUACAAGAGUUAGUGAAUCAAGUACCUACACUGGUCGCAUUUAUCCAGGAGAAAAGCGACCUUCCUGAGGAUGAACGAAGGAUAUUGCUCGAGGCCAUUGGUCAUUUCGAACCGGUGCUACAAAUGUCGAUGCACGCUCUGGUGGAUAAUCGGGAACUACGGUUCUUGUAUUGUUGGCCACUGCACUUGACCCCAGGAUACACCAACAUGGUGCGGCAAAGCCACUCAGGCGCACUGUCAAUCCUGAUGUAUUACACGACCAUGAUUUACGCAGGAGAACCACGUUAUUGGUUCCUGGAAGGAUGGGGUAACCGAUUGAUGAAAUCCUGCUACGAACUCAUCGACCGGAGUUGGCUGCCUUGUUUGCAAUGGCCCAUGUCAUUUCUUCCACCCGAAAUGGCCUCCAACCUGAAUUGGGACCUUCCACGACAAUCGCCAUUGAGAGCGCCUUGGACACGAGGGCCAACGAUCAGUAUACCCCAUAGGCAGCCACAACCACCUGGAUCCUCUACGUCUCGCGAAGGGAACUCAAGCUCUUCAAAUUACGGAUCGCCGGGAGAUCAUAAACCCUCUAUUGGUACAAAUGAGGCCUCAGCAAGCCGACGUCCGUCUGCCCAGAGCGACCAGACACAGAUAUGA